CUCAGACACCGAAGAAUGGACAGAAGAUGAUCUGCGCAAUGCUCGAGUCACGGUUUUUAUGGACAGCAAAUUCAGGACAUUUGCUGACUGUGAUGGAAUUAUCUUGGACAGUUUAUCUAAGCAGCACUUCAAUGAGACUAAUAUCACUAUCAAAUCUAAGAGCAGAAGAAGUGAUCCUGCACUCACACGUGUUGAAGGAAAAGGAGGAGAUAUAAGGACAUUGGUCAAAAUUAUCAUCAACGGAGAACCUGACGACUACACUAAACAAAGGAUCCGAAGUGAAGUGAUUGAGGACCUGGAGCGCCUUACCUUCUCCAAGAAUCAAAUUCAGGUCAUCUACAAAGGCGACUGGGAUUCCAUCCAGGUGGUACUGCUGCUACCAAUGAGGACACUGGGUCAUCUACUCUACCUUGCAGUACACUAUCCUGGACUGCUGCGAGGCCUGGAUAUACUUCAAAUCAUUGACAUCUCCUCAUUGACCAUAAUUGACUUUCGAGAGAUAACAGGCAGUGUGGUCUUAGACGAAUUGGCAGAUGAUAAUGAGGAUCUGUCAGAGGACGAUGAUGAGGAUGAAGAUGAGAGCGAGAUAAAUGAGCUGGAGUUUUUGAAGCGCACCAACAUGGCUGACAUUGCUGAGCACCAUAUUUCGCAACGGGAAUAUGAUCUGCUCAACAAUCGAAGUACCGGUUUCCAGUCGGUGCUGGCAGCCAUAAUGAGGUCACACAGGAAAGACAAGAAUUUCAUGAGAGCAAUUAGCGCUGGCAUUGGCAACAAAAUGCCCAGCUCAAAAACACAAAAUCUGAUUGCACUCACGCACAGACGAGAGAAGGAACUUGCAGCAUUCCAAGUCGGGCUCUUGACAUCGCCGGAACGAAUUGAGAGGCUGACAACAGAGCUGAUGCAAAGUUCAUUUGAGCUGCAGGAUGAGGAGGAAGAGGUAAUGAUGAGCCCUGCAAAGAUGCCCAGGAAGACUUGGCUACCACCAGAGCAAAGCACGAAGAUGUCUGACGAUCUUCUAUCUGCAUCACGACAAGAUGAUCUGAAGAAGAUCGCUGCACUUCUGGAAAGUGGAGCCGACGUCAACUGCCGUAGCCGUGACGGGGAUGGCGAAACUCCGUUGCACAAAGCCGUCUGGGGUGGAAUCGAGGUGUUUCAAGCACUGCUCGCUGCAGUAGCGGACUGUAACAUCAAGAAUACGCGUGGCGACACUCCGUUGCACGAUGCCGCCAGUAUAGGUAAACUCCAUGUGUGUCAAGCGCUGCUCGCUGGAGGGGCGGAUUGCAACAUCAAGAAUGAGGAUGGCGAAACUCCGUUGCACAAAGCCGUCUGGGGUGGAAUCGAGGUGUUUCAAGCACUGCUCACUGCAGGGGUGGACUGUAACAUCAAGAAUACGGUAAAGAACCGGAUUUAGAGUGCCAUGAACCAUGCUGAUCCUGUUCUGCUUUACUCUGUAAAAUAAACUGCUUCCAGCAUGGCAACACUCCGUUGCACCAU